UAACGUCACACAUAAAUUUUAAAACAAAAUUUGAACGAAUAAAACAAUAUUUAAUUUUCUAAAUGACAUAUUACACUGAAAAGGGAGAAGAGCCGAUAAAUGGCAAGAUAGAAUAUUUCGAUCAUUUGACAUUUUGGGUGGGAAACGCUAAACAAGCCGCUCAAUGGUACUGCACACAUUUUGGAUUUAAGCCCUUAUGCUAUAAAGGAUUAGAAACUGGUUGUAGAGAUAUCGUUUCGCAUGUUAUAAAGCAAAACAAAAUCAUAUUCGUUUUACAAUCUGCGUUAGACGAGAAAAAUGAAGAAAUGGCCAAACAUUUAAUCAAGCACGGAGAUGGGGUAAAAGAUAUAGCCUUUUCGGUAAUAGAUUUGGUACCAUUAAUAGAGAAAAUCAGGGAAAAGGGAGGUAAAAUUGUUAAAGAACCAUGGACAGAAAAAGAUGAUGACGGACAUGUAAUGAUGGCCACUGUGCAAACGUAUGGUGACACUACACACACAUUGGUUGAGAGAAAAAAUUUCAAUGGCCUUUUUUUGCCAAAUUAUAAAGGAGCUUUAUUUCAGCCAGAAUUUUUCAACGAGUUGCCAGCAGCUAAUUUACAAUUUAUAGAUCACGUUGUAGGGAAUCAACCAGAUCAAAUGAUGGUUCCAGUUUCCGAUUGGUACGAAAAGGUUUUACAGUUUCACCGAUUUUGGUCGGUAGAUGAUAAAGAAGUGCACACAAAAUAUUCUGCGUUGCGAUCAAUAGUUGUCACCAAUUAUGAAGAAACACUGAAAAUGCCUCUCAAUGAGCCAGCACCUGGUCUAAGAAAAAGUCAAAUACAGGAAUACAUUGAUUAUUAUGGAUCGGCGGGGGUUCAACACAUAGCUCUCAAUUCCAAUAACAUAAUAGACUCCAUCGAAUCGUUAAAGAAGAGAGGUUUAGAAUUCCUAAAAAUUCCUGACACUUACUAUGAAACCCUUAAAGAAAAAUUGAAAACAUCUAAAACUAAAGUAAAAGAGGAUAUGAAUAUGCUUCAAAAAUUAAAAAUAUUGGUAGAUUACGACGAAAACGGUUAUCUUUUACAAAUAUUCACCAAGUGUGUUCAAGAUCGGCCAACGUUAUUCUUGGAGGUCAUUCAAAGACACAAUCAUCAGGGCUUUGGUGCAGGAAAUUUUAAAUCACUUUUUGAAGCAAUCGAAGCUGACCAACAAACAAGAGGAAAUUUGUAAUAAAGAAAAAAAAAUAUGAUUUUAAAAUUAUAUACAUUUAUCUGUUCAAAUUUGAUUUCGUAAAUUUUAAUUAUAAAUUAAUUCAUUUUAUUUUUAAAUAAAAUUUUGACUUAUA